AUGCAUAAUGUAGAACUGGAAAAAAUAAAAAAUUGUAAUGACAAAAAGGAGGAAGUGCUUACAAUUUCGAGAUAUUUAUUAAAAGAAUAUGGUGAUGGUAAAGCAAAUAAAAAAGAUGUCAUGAGAAAUUUGAGAAAAAGAAUAUAUAAUCACGAAAACUUUGAAGAUAUUUAUAAAAAAUUAAAAGAAAUUCAUGGAAAUAGUGGAAUAUGCACACGACAAUGGAAAGAAGGAAGUUUUGCUUUUAAAUGCUAUAAUUGUGAAGGAGAUCCUACAUGCGCUAUAUGCGCAAAAUGCUUUUUUGCAUCAAAUCAUAAAAAUCAUAUUUACAGAUUAACACAUACUAGUGGAGGUUGUUGUGACUGUGGGGAUACUUCAUGGAAUAUUAAAGGAUCUUGUUUUGAUCAUAGGGGAAUAAAUGAAGAAAAUUUAAUUGAUAAAUGUAUAUUAAAUAGUGUUGUAAAAAAUAGGAUUAAGGAAGAUUUAGAAAACUUAGUGGGUACCUUAUUUAAGGAAAUUAUUUUAAAAGAUGGUUAUUUUUUAUCUCUUGUAAAUGCUGAUUAUAUUGAAUAUGCCUUUGAAUUUUUUAAAGAUUUAGGUAUUACUAGUUAUUUAUUUAGACAAAUAAUAUGUGAAGUAUUUACAGGAGCAAAAAUAGAUUUCUUAAUAAAUUUUCAUUAUUGUUUUUAUGGAGGAAUUCAAAAAUCUUUAUACUCUUUAUAUUUAUCUUUAUUUGUCCAUCCAUAUUUUAAACAAAGAUUUGCCUUCAAGCUAGCUAAGCAUUACAGCUUAGUUGUACGUGUAGUUGAUGAUAGAAUAUAUAAUGAUAAUAAUUUAAAUGGUUUAAGUGUUCAAGUUCUAACUGUCCCUGAAAUAGCAUAUACUCUAGUUAUAAAUAACUUUUUAAAUGAUUUAAUAAAACUUAUCGAAAAUUUUUGCGUAUAUAACGAUUUAACGAAAUGUGUUAUGCAUAAAAAUUUUUUGAGAUCUGAUAUUGAAAUUAUUAUUCGCAUCUGUGUUGAUUUAAAAUAUUUAUUAUAUCACAAUGAAGUAAUUAAAAUCAUACUAUUUAAUAAAUAUAUAAUAAAAAAAAUUUUGAAUUUGUUAACUCUCUUACACAGAAUGAAUUCACAAGUACGCUACACUAAAACACACAUAAUUUAUGAAGAUUUAUCUAGCUCCUAUUCUAUAACUAUUGAAAAUUAUCUACUUCGUGUAUUUGAACCAUUAUCAAACUUUUGUAAAAGAGAACAAAAUGCGAAUUUUAGAAAUCUAUUUUUAUUGUAUCAACUUACCAUAGAAAAUAUAUGUUCACUUAAUUUAUUUCCUUAUAAUGAUGAUUCUGGAGAUCAGCAUGUAAAUAAGAAAAAGAAAAGUAAAAAAUAUUUAAAUAAUAUUAAAAAAGAAAAGACAAAUAUAUCAAUAAAUAAAGAAGUAGAUAUAUUUAAAAAAAAUGAUGAAAAUGAUAAAAUUAAUAAUAAUAAUAAUAAUAAUAAUAAUAAUAAUAAUAAUAAUAGUGAAAUAGAUAAAAAUAUAGCAAAUAAUGAUAUACGAAAAAAUGAAGAGAAAAAUAAUGAUGAUAAAAAUAGUACCAACGAAAAUAAUGAUGACAAAAAUAGUAAUAACAAAAAUAAUGAUAGUAACAAAUUUAAGGACGAAAAAAGGAAGAAAAGAUUUAAGCAUUUAAGAUCCUUACAUUCUCCAUUAGUACGAUUUUUUAUUAUGAUUCUAAACUUUGAUAUUGUCAAACGCUGUAUUGAUGAUAUAUAUUGGUAUAAAUAUAUAUAUUUAAAGAAAAUGGAAGAAAACUAUAGUAAAUUAAAAGGAAAUAACAAUAAUAAUGAGAGUAACGUAAAAACUAGCGAAAAUGCUAAUAGUAGUUUUAGAAAUAAUAAUAUUUCUUUUAAUGAUAAUUCAAAUAAUUCUAUAUUUAUUAUAAAAGAAUAUAUAAAAGACUUUUAUUCCUUAGAAAAAUAUAAAAUUGAAACAAUAAAUAAAAGAAAAAUAUUACAACAAAGGUAUGAAGAAGAUGGAAAUAAAAUAAAAAUAAAAUUAUUUAAUUACAAACCAUUUUUAAAUUACUGUGAUGAUAAAAAAAAUACAGGAAUAGCCAAUUAUUUAAAAGAACAUAAAAAUUUAGAAGAAUGUUACUUUAAAUGGAUUAUCAAUUCUAACAAUUCAAAAGAAAAAGAAAAAGAAAAGGAAAAGGAAAACAAUAAAAUUAUUUUUAGAAGAAGUAUACAAGAAAAGAAAGUAAAAGCAAAAUGUAAAAAUGUCUUUAUAGAAAAAAAGGUAAAUAUUAAAAAUUUAGAAUUUAAUGAAUUUUUAGAAAUAAAAUAUGAUAAGGAGAAACAUCAUAUAUAUUUAAAUCCAUUAUAUAUAGAUUUAUAUAUGAGAGAUGUAUUUGAAUUUAUGAACUUAUUUAAAUAUAAAUUGUUAAAAUAUAUACUUUUUAUAAAUGUUAAUAUUUUAACUUUUAUUUAUGAAAUUAAAUAUGGAUAUUGGGUAAGAAAUGGACCUCAAAUGAUAUUUCAGGUAAAUGAAUAUGAAAAUUCUUCUUUUUUUCAAAAUGAUUUGAUAGGAAUUCAAUUUUCGAUGAUAAUGAUGAACAUAUUACCAUUGUAUGAAAAUCAAAGAGUAAAAAUGGAUGAUGAUAUUUUAAAGCAUUUUAAAAAAAUAUAUAGUGAAAGUUUAAGUACAAAUCAUAUAGAAGACCUAGAACAGUCUAAUGAUCUAUUAAAUUUAAAUAACAAUGAAGUGGAUUCUAAUGAAAAAGAAAUAGAUUUAGUAAAUACAAAUGUAGAGUAUGUUGCAAGUUACGAUACAAAUUCAAAGAAUCAGGUUAAUAUGAAUACAGAAGAGUCUUACUAUACAAAUAAAAUAGAAUAUAUAGAAAAUCAUGAUGAAUUAAUUGAAAAUUAUAGUAAAAUGAAUGAAGAUAUAUUAAUAUAUAAUAAGAAAAAAUUUUAUAGUAGUAAUGAGGAUGAUGAUUUCCUUCAUAUAUUUUUGGGGAAUAGUAGUACUGAUGGAGUCAAUAUUGAUAACAAUAUAAAUGAUUUUUUAUUAACAAAAAAUGACAAAAAAAUUGAUUUUAAAUCAUUUUAUAAUUUUUUAAGUAGUUAUACAAAUAAUAAAUCAAGUAAAACAAUAACGGAAUCAAAAAUAAAAGAAAAAAUUAAAUGUGAUAGAAGUAGUAUAUCUGGAGAUGAUAAAAAUAAUAUGAAUAAUGAUAUUAUUAAUAAUAAAUUGAAUCUUUAUAAUAAUAGUGGAAUAAAUGAAGAAAAUAAUAAUAAUAAUACUAAUACUAAUAAUAUUAAUAGCGAUAAUAAUAAUAUGAAUAUUAAUAACAAUAGCAAUAAUAUGAAUAAUAUUAAUAAUAAUGAUAAGGAUAGUAAUAAUAUUAGUUAUAAUAAUAAUUAUGAUAACAGGAGUAAUGAUAUAAAUAGUUUUUGUAACGAUAAUAAUAAUAUUGAAAAUAAUUCCAAUAACGAUGAUAAUAAUAAUUCUAAUAGUGAUAAUAGUGUUAAGGAUAUUAAAAAUGAAAACAAUGAUUCAUUUGAUUCUAUAAAUUAUAAAAAAUUAGAAUGGAAUGAUUACUUGAAAUUAUUUAUUGAUUUAGAAAUAAAAAAUCCUUUCGUAAUUUUAUAUCAAUUAAUAUUUAAAAAUUUUCGAAUGAAUUUAAAUUUAAGAAAAUUAAGUGACAUUUAUUUGGAAAUACAAAUACAUCAUAUAAAAAUGGUAUAUAGAAUAUUUAAUGAUAUAUAUUCUAAUAAAUUAAAUAUAGAUUCAAGAAAAAUAGACCAUGUUUUUUAUUUUCAAUUUUUUUAUGAUUUACUUAUUAGAAUAUUUAAUGAGUUAUAUUAUUUUGAAUCUAGUAACAUUCCAAGAAAAACCUCAUAUGAGAAAUAUAAAGAAAGAGGUAAAUAUCAUGUGAAAAAAAUAAUGAUUCAGUUAUUAGCAUCAAAAGAUUUUCAAUAUUUUCAAUUAGAAGAUUUUUUUCCUAAGCAAUUUAGGCAUCAUCCAAGUUUUUAUGAACUAGUUAAUAAAUAUGGAUACACAACUCAUAUGCCUAGAAGUAAUGUAAAUUUGAUUAAAUUAAAUAAAAGUUCGUGGUUUUUAUAUGAUGCUUUUUGGCCUAUUUCUCCAUAUAAAGAUUUUCAAUCUGCUAAUGAAAAAUGCAUAAAAGAAGAAAAUUCUUCUUAUAUCGGUUGUUCAAGAGAAGAAGACAAGGAAUACAUGAAUUUCUCAUUCAGAAAAAUUCAAAACUUACUAUUUUAUACUUUUAAAAAUAGUUGCUUAGUUUCUGUACUAUUGACUAUUUUUAUUAUUAACGAAGAGUUUCAAAAAAAAAUAGAGCUCAAGAGUAAAAAUGAUAUUAAAUCUUAUAAAAAUGAAGAAAACAUUACUAAUGACAAAAAGAGUAACAGUAUAGUAUCAGCGCAAAAUAAUGACACUAAUAAUUCUCAUGUUAAUUCUUCUAACAAUUUAUCUAAUCAAAGUGCUUUUUCUGAUACUUCUGUUUUAAAUGAUUUAGAUUUAUAUAAUUUAUUAAAUCAAAACAGUAAUAAUAAUAACGAUGAUAACAAUAGCCAUCUUAAUACUAACGAUAGUAACAAUAAUAAUCAAAUGGAUUCCAACAAUGAUAAUUUAAAUAACAAUCAAAAUUCAAUCAAUAUUAAUAAUGUUAUAAAUCCUUCUAAUGCAAAUAACGAAAUUGUUUUAAGUAAUAACAGUAAUACUGCAAAUAGUAAUAACACAUAUAUAAUUGUAGAUCAAAACGGAGACAAUGAAACAUUAUUUGCUGAAAUUUUAAUAAACAGAAAUCCCAACAAUUCUAUAAAUAUGGAAAUAGUAAAUGUUACAGAUAAUCAUUUAGGUGAUGAUAAUGCUAAUAGAAAUUACAGGCAUUUAAAUGCCGAUGGAUUGUCUGAAUUGAUUCGAAGUCUAAUUAAUGACAAUAACAUUAUUAAUAAUGUAAUUGAUGAAACACUUUUAAAUAAUAAUUCUAAUGUUUCAAAUAAUGAUGAUUUAAGAAACGAAGAAACAAGAAAUGCUAAUAAUAACAUUUCUUUUGAUGAAUAUUCAUCAGGUGAUGAAUUUAAUAUAAUUGAAUCAGAAAAUUCGAACACUGUAAGAAUAAAUUUAUUUGGUAGAAGAAAUGGAUUAUAUGAUUUAAAUAUAAUUUCAGAUACGAAUGAAAUGAUUGCUAAUCCAAAUAAUUCUAAUCUAAAUAAUACAAUAGAUAUCUUAAUAAAAAUAAUAAAAAUUUUAAGUAUUAUUAUUGAUUCUACGCAUCCAUUUAAAGAAUUAAAUGGGUUUUAUUAUUCUAAUUGUAAAGAUUAUUGGGAUGAAGAUGAUGACUUGGAUUCAUAUAUGGAUUAUGAUUCUCAUUCAGUUAGCGACGAGGAAGAAAAAGAAAAAUAUAGGAAAAAUUCGAUUGAAACAAAAAAUGAUACUAUAAAUAAUAAUAAUAAUAGUAUAAAUUUAUCGUAUGAAGAGCUACACAAUAAAAAAAAAGAUAAUGUAGAAAUAGAAAAUGAAAAAGAAGAAGAAUUAAAAAUAAAUGAUGUAAAUAAUGAAUAUUAUUCUAAUUUAUCUAAAUUAAGCGGUAAUAACUCUAAGAAUGAAAAUAGUAAUAAUAAUAAUAAUUAUUUGAAUGAUAAUAAAUUGUACGAUAAAAUGAAAACAUCAAAAGAAAAUUCAAGUUUUAAUGAUGAAGAUAAUUAUAUAUUUGAUAAUAUAAGCUUGAUAAAAAAAAUAAAUUAUAGGAAGCAAAAUAAUAAUUGUAAUCCGUUAAAUGGAAAAAAUCAGUGCAUAUCAAAAAAAAAGGAUAACAAAAAUAAUAAGAAAAAAGGUUUUUACGUAUUAAAUAAAAUAGCGGUUCAUAAUUUUAUAAGCUGUAUUAACAACAUAAAUGCAAAUGAAGAUAAAUGUUUUUUAAAAGUAAGGAAUACAAUAAUAAGUAGAUUAAAAAAAAUAUUUUCAGAAAAUUAUGAUUGCAAAAAUAUUAAUAAUAACAAUGAAUUUAUAGAAAUAGCAAAAAAGAAACAACAAGAUUUAUUGCAAAAUAUGAAAGAGCAACAAAUUAAAUUUAGUAAAUUUUUGGAUGAAGAAUUAUUGUUAGAUGAAAAUGAAGUAUUAAAUGAAGAAGAGGACAAGAAAGAUGUCAUAUGUGAAUAUGAAAAAUUAAAAGAAAAAAAUUGUAUAUGUGUGUUAUGUAAAGAAGGAAUGUCAAAAAAUAAUUUAUUAGCAUAUAUAUGUUUUGCUUCACAUACUAAUCUUCUAAAAAAAAUAAUUAAAAAAAAUAAAAUUUCAUUUCCAUGCAAAUACCCCUCUUUAUAUACGUGUGGACAUUUUAUACAUACGAAUUGUUUGCAUAAUACAAAAAUAUUGAAAUAUAGAAAAUUAUUUAGUGUAAAAAAUGAACCAACAUUGUAUGAAUUUACAUGCCCUUUAUGUCGUUGUAUAGCCAAUUGUUUUAUUGUUUAUAUACCUAAAAGAUAUAUAUCAGAAAAUGACAAUUAUAGAACUUAUGAAUGUAAUGAAGAAGAAUUUUUAAUAGAUAAUUCGAAUAAAAAUUUAUCUGAACUGAUAAAGAAUUGUGAAUAUUCAGAAAUUAAUAAGAAGAAAAAAAAAAAUAAAAAAAAUUAUUCUACUGUACUAGCAAAUUCAGAAAAGUGUGAAGUAAAUACCAAGGAAUCACUAGUUGAUUAUAGAACUGAUAUGCACCAUAAUAAAAGUAUUAACAAUAAAAGUGAAAUAAAUUCCCUUUUUGAUAACAAAAUUGCAGGGAAUUAUAAUUGUGAAAAUAAGAAUACAUUUAUAAUGGAUGACAAAUAUUUUGCUAAUGAUUUAUAUUAUAAUAAAAUUAUAAAUAAAGAGGAAUUAUCAAAUUACGAAAAUAAUAAUAGUUUAACAAAUAAUCUUACUGAUAUGUCUUAUAAAAAAGAUAUGAAAGAGAAAACAGGAAGUAAUAUUUUUAAUGAUAAUGAUUCUUCCAACAAUAUAAAUGAUCUUUUUUAUAAUAAUGAAGAGAAAAGUGACUAUUCUCAAUGUACUUCUUCAACUUCUUUAUCUUCUUCUGAUUAUUCUGUUGAUAGUGAUAUACCACAACAAUUUUAUUUUAAAUAUAAUCAUAAAAAAAAUAAAAUGAAUAAAAAAAAAAAUUUGUUUCAAAGUGAUAAUAAUGAUUUGGUUAUAAAUAAUGUGAAUAAUCACAAAAUAUAUAAUUUUUUUGAUGAGGAUAAAAAAAAUGAAGAUAUUUUUAAUUUGAACUUUCAUAACUUAAUAAAUAAAUCUUUAUUAAAAAACCUCUUGUCCUUUAAUAAUUAUGAACACAAUAAAAAAAUCAUAUUACGUGAAAUAUACUUAAAUGAAAAUAAUAUAUAUGAUAAACUGUAUAAUAAAAAGGAGGAAUAUUAUGAACAGUCCUUAAAUAAUUUUCACUUCGGAGAAAUAGAAAAGGAAACAAAAAAUGUUAAUAUAGAUAACGAAAAAGAAGUAUCAUUAAAUUUACAAAAAAAAAAAAAAAAAGGAGGAAGUGAACUUUACUUGUACAAAAAUACUUUUAAUUAUUUAAAUAAAGAUUUUACCUUUACAUAUAGAAAUUCAAAUUUCUUCUAUAGAUAUAAAAAUGGAUUUUUAUCUUAUUAUGUAAGUGUACCUUUAAAAUAUAUUAAAGAAAUAGAAUUUUUUAUGAUACAAAAUAAAACGUAUAGUUAUAUAGGAAAAAAUAAAUAUAAGAAAUUUUAUUUUUCUUCAAUAGUAAAUAAGAAUAAUAUAGAAAAAGAAUCUAACGAAUCAAAUGAAGUUAAUAACGUAAUAUUAAACUAUGAAAUUAACAAAAUCCUUUUAGAUUACAUUAAAAAUAAUUUUAACCAUGAAGAAAUUAAUGCAGAAAAUAUUAUUGAAAAAUAUAAAAUAUCAAAUAAGAACAAAAGAUUAACAAACAAUAAUAAUAGUGAAGUGAAUGAUGAAAAGGAAAAAGGUGAUUUAUUUGAAGAAUUGAAUGAACAAAAAGAUAAAAAAUUGAAAACAAAUUUUGAAACAUAUAUAAAUGAAAAUAAUAAAUUGCAGACAUCAUCCUUAAAAUAUCCAGAGUGUUAUCCUAAUAAUAAUUCAGGAAGUGAUGCAAAUGACUUCGACAGUGUAUAUAGCAAUUUAAGUAAAAAUGGUGAAACUAAGGAUAAUUUAUAUAAUUAUUUUGAUAAUGAUAAUAAUAAGAAGGAAAGAAGCAAUAGUGAUGUUAUUGAUAACUUGGAUAAUAAUAAUAAUUGUGAUAGAAACUAUCCACUUAUUGAUAAUAUAAAAAACGAUAACAACAAUGUGGAUUCUAUUUGUAAAUCUUAUAAUAGCUCCGAUAAAAUUCAUAAUAGUUUCAUAGAUGAAUUAAAUUCUGUUAGUUUAAAGGAAAAGAAGAAACUAAAAUAUAGAAAAGAUAAAGAAAAUGAUAUUAGUAAUAAUAAUAUUAAAUUUCAAUAUCUCUGUAAUACGGAUGAUUUAAAAGAUCAUAAUAUAUCAAUGAAAACAUGGUUUUCUGUUGAUAUAUAUGAGGGAAUUAUAAGUACUAAUAAAAAUAUAUAUGAAAUAUAUAAUAAAACAGUACAUAAACAAAAUUUUGAUUCUAUUUUUGAUAUGAAGGCAUUAAGGCAAUCAAUUAUACUCUUAGGUGGUAUAACUGAGAUAUCAUGGAGAAUAUUCCAUCAAGAUCAAACAACUUUUUCCACUAUACUUCAUCAUUCUGAAAGUUACAAGAAAUUAAUUGAUUUUAAUUAUUCUACAAAAGUAGAAGAUAAUGAUGAAGAUGUAGAUAUAAAGGGCAUAAGUGUAAAUGAUAUUCUGAAAAUUUACAGAAAAUUAGACAUAUAUCCUGAUUUUCUUUUUAAUAAUAGUAAUAUAGGUUUCAUUAAUAAAAAGGAUUUAAGUUUUAUUAAUAAAAAAGAUUUAAUUUUGAUGAAUAAAAAAGAUUCUGGAAGAAAUGGAAGGGGAAAAAAUAAUAAAAGCCCUCAUUUAACAUCUAGUGAAACCAACAAUGAAAUUUUUUUAAAAAAAAAAAAACAUAAUAAAAGUGAUAUACUAAAUAUAAAAUAUUGGAGAAAUAUAAAUACAGCGGUAGAAAUGCAUAAAAUAUAUUGGAUAUUAUAUAAUGAAAUAUUAAUUAAUAUAUUUUAUAAAAAUAUAAAUUAUAUAUCAUGUAAUAAUAUGAUAGAAACAUUAGUUCGAAACCUUUUUUUAUAUAAACAUGAAUUGAAUAUUGUUAGAGAAGAAAAAAUAUCGAAUUUAUUUAAUUUACAAUUAUGGAAAAAUAUGUACAAAAUUUCUUUUUAUUAUGUUUAUCCAUAUAGAUUUACAUUUAAUAAAUAUAAAAAAUUUUUCGAUAAGAUAAAACAAAUUCAUUUUUUAAAUAAAUUGGCUUUUAUUCCAUUAUCGGUUGAUAUCUUAAAAUUAUUUAUGAAUUUUUUUUUGAAUCAAUUUUUAACUACUCCAGGUUCUAUUCAGCAUUUCAUCUCUAUUUCCCUAAUAAUUAUAAGUUUUCAAAUUAUGAAUGAAAUAUUUAUAAAAGAAAUUUCUAAAUCUUAUGUUCGUUUCAUUUUUGAAGAGCAUAUUUACGAUAAAAUGAAGAAAAAUUUUGAUAAUAUUUUUAAACAUAUAUAUAUAAGUAUUGAAAAUUCAAAUUACUCAAUAAAUUUAAAAGAAGAUGCAAAUAACCUUGAUGAAAAUAUCCCAACAGAAAAAAAACAACACUUACUUACUAAUUAUCUUAAUAAUUGUGAUAAGAAAAAUUUAAAUUUUCAUGAAUCAUUUCAUAUAUUUAUUUUUGAAAAUUUUGUACUAGAAAAUAAUGAUGGAAUUUUAAAAACACAAGAGGAUAAACAAAAUAAUGAUAUAUCACUAUUAGAAGAUUUAACAAAAAAUAACCUUUUUGAAAAUAUAGAUAAAACAUCUAAUGAUGUUUUUAAUGACGAAGUUAAAGAAAAAUUAAAUGAUGAAUACAAUAAUCCAAAAAAUUCAUUUAAUGAUAAUAUUAAUAUAAUAAAUAAAAUAAAUUCUUUUUCUUUAUUUAAAAAAAUUCAGAAUUUGUCCUAUUAUUUCAGCAAUUCUGAAAUAAGUGAUUUACGAAAUAUUAUUUCAGAAAAUAAGUUUCUUUCGUGUCAUAAAAAUAAUACAUCAGAUAUGGUAAAGAAUAGUACAAAUAUGCAAUCCUAUGAAUUUUGUGAAAAAAUACAUACUAAAAACAAAAGAAUAAAUGAGAAUAUAAAUAUUGAAGAUGAAACCUUAAAAAGAAAAAAUAAUAAAAAAAAAAAAUUAUUUGUUAUAUAUGAAACCAUGAAUAAAUUAAUAGAGUUAAAAAAAUUUAAGAAAGAUACACAAAAAAUGAUGCUCCUUAUGUGUGAGGUAAAUGAUGAAUAUAUGAAAUAUGUAUACUAUAAUGGCUAUUUGCCCAUUAAUAUCUAUCUUAGUACAAAUUUUUUAAAAUAUGAGAAUUAUUUUAACAACUAUUAUUCGUUUUUAUAUAAUAAAAAAAAGAACGGUAAAUGGGGAAGUUUUCAUGUUUUGUAUUCAGAGAAAUUAUUAAAUAAUAUGAAAAAAGGAAGCAAUAAUUUUAUUAAAAGUAAAAAUGUAAUGAAAAGAGAUUAUAAUUUUAUUAUUAAUAAUAAUGCUUACGUAAAUUCUGUAUUAGAAAAAAAGGAUAAACAUAAUUCUUUUUCAUCCGAUUUCAUAGAUGAUGAGAAAGAUUUUCAUCAAAAGCAAAAUAGAAUAGAUGAUAAUAUAGAAUACUCUUCAAAUGAUAUAGUUAAUUAUGAAGAAAAAUAUAAUUCAUCGACAAAUUUUAAUAACGAUUGUUACAAAAACGAAAUAAAUAAAGAUAAUAAUAUGUUGAAUUUUUCCAAUACAUUUUAUGAAAAAUAUAUUAAUAUAAAUAAAGGUGACAAACUGAAUAAUUAUAAAGAAAAAGAACAAGACAAAAAGGAUAAUAUAAAUAAAAAAGAAAAAAUAACCAUUAUAGGAAAACAAAAAAACAUGCCAAAAAAUGAGAAAGUAUCUAAUGAAUUAAACCUAUUUAAAUAUAAAUUAUAUAAUAUUUCCAAUGAAGAAAUUAACGAUUUUUAUCUAAUGAAUGAUACAUAUGAUACAUUUUUAUCCAUAAUACGUGAUGAAAAUUUAGAAUAUAAGAAUACAAAUAUUCUCAAUUUGUUAAAAUGUAAGUAUGAAAGUGUUCCUUUUACAAAUCACUUGUUUUAUAUAUAUAAUUUUUAUUCUAUUUUGUUUAAAUUAAAAGAAAUAAAACACAUACAUGAUAAAAAAGAAGAAAGUUUAGAUUUAUAUACAGAUGAUUUAUUACUAUCUUCCGUAGAUGAUAAAAUCUAUGAAAAAGUUGAAAAUAUUAAUUUUUCUGAUGCUAGUUUCAAUAGUAAUGAAUCAAUAAGAGUUUCAGAAAAAGAAAAUGAGAAUCAUAAUAAUGAUGAAAAUGAAAAUUUUUAUGAAGGUAUGUAUUCUUCUUUAGGUAUUUUAAAUGAAAUUUUAGAUGUAGGAGAAUUAAUUAAAGAUAUGAAAAGAACUAAAAAGUGGAAUAAAAAAAGUAAUAAAAAUAAAUAUGCGGAUCAAUUCUUUAUAAACAUCUUUAAUAGAAUGUUGCAAAAAAUUAAAAGUAAAACUUCUGAUGAUAAAUCAGAAGCAGCAUAUAAUAACAGCAACAAUGUUAAUAAUCAAGUUAUGGUGGAUAAUAAAAAAAAAGAUAGAAAAAAAAAAAGUGUCCCUUCUAAUUUGUUUGUAGAUCCACAUGAUUUAAAACAAAUAGAUAUUUCAGAAAGUCUUAAGAAAAUUAAUAAUAUAAAUAAAACGAAAGUAACAAAUAUAGGAGAGAAAAAUAACUCAGAAGAGUUAAAAAAUGAUGAUAAUAUUAAUGAAUGUGAAUAUAAUACAUAUACAUCUUCAGAAAAUACUCAUGAACUUUCUAAUUUCUUAUCAUAUUGUGAUGAAAAUAAUUCUUCUAGUGAUAUGGAUAAACCAAGAGCAAAAAAGAAAAAUAACUUAGAUAAUAUAUUUAUGAAAAACUCUUUUAGUAGUUCUGAUGAUCUUGUAUCUAAUAAAUCUAAUAAAAAUACGGAGAGAUAUAAAACAAGCAAUUUCAGUUUUUUAAAAUUUAAAGAUGCAAAUAAGAUUCAACGUUACCAUAUGCUAUUAAGAAAAAAAGGAUUAAGUAGGAUUUUUUUUUAUAACAUAAGAAAAUUAUAUAAUUAUGUAUAUAAUUUACAUGAUUUCAUUCCUCUUUACCUUAUACAAAAUAUAUUGUUACACUUUCAAAGUAGUUAUAAAAAUGUGAAUGACUAUUAUUAUUAUGAUGAAGAUGAUAAUUUUUCUAAAAGUUCAAAUGAAGAAAGUGAAUAUGAAUAUACAAAAUAUUCAAAAGAUUUUUUUAAUACUGAAAAAUGGAAAAAAUUAUAUACUAAAUAUAAGGAUAGGAUAAAUAAUGAAUUAAAUUAUAAUGGAAAAAAUAAAUCAAAUUUAAAUAUAUCUGACAAAGAGGAUUCAUAUCGAGAAGCAAACAGUUGUAACAAUGAUUAUAUUAAUAAUAGUGACUAUUUUAAUACUUGCUAUUCUUUUGAUAAUGAAAAAAAUAAAGCAUAUGUAGAUAUGAGUACAAAAAAACAAAGAAAUAAUUCUUUUUCAAACAGUAAUUUAAAUUAUAAUGAUAAUAAAAAAAGUUGUGAAAAUUUAAAAAACAUAAGUAAGGAAAAUGAAGAAAAUAUUACAAAAAAUGAAAACAUUUCAAAUAAAAAGCUUAUAAAUAACACAUAUGAAUAUAAUCAAAAUAUUAAAAAGGAUAAUAUGUGUAAAGAUGGUUUCAUCAAUAUUGAAGAAAAAGGUAAUAGCAAAUUGUCCUAUUCAGUUAAUAAAAAAAUAAAAACAAAACAUAAUAAUUAUAACUCAGAUUCAUUUAUGAGUUGUGUUAGUACAAAUGAUGAAAAUAAAAUGAAUAAAAAUAUGGAUUAUAAUAAAAAGUCAAAAAAAGAAAAGGAAAGAAAAAGGAAAUAUAAUAAUAUAAAAAGAGAAAGAAAGAAUAUAAAUCCUAAAGAUUUUCAAAAAGGAGUACAAGAUAUGCUAAAUAUUAAGAAAGUAUUUUUUAUAUUUUAUAAUUAUUUAAAAAAUAAUAAUUUUAUAGAUAAAAAAAAUUCCUGUAAAAAGUUAUAUAAAAAAUUUUUAAAAAAGUAUUUAAAAUCAGCUAAUAUUUAUUUACAAUUUGUUGCAUAUAUAAUUUUUUCUAUAUAUGAGUAUAAUUCUUUGGCCAAAAAAUAUUUGGAUUACAUUCAUCUUUAUAGUGAUAUUAAUAAAUACAACAUAUUUUUACAUAUAUUAAAUAUUGAUGAUCAGUUUGAUAAAAUAUAUGUGUAUCAGACAUUGCAAUUAAUAUUUCAUCCUUAUUUUUAUUUAAUGUAUCAAUUAUAUAAAUAUUUAAAAAUAGAUGCAUCUCCAAUAUCGUUACAUGAUUUUUAUGAAAAUUCAGAACAAUUUAUUUCAUCUAAUUCUUUAUUUCAACCAAGUCAAAAUUAUUUUACUUUAAUAAAAAAACAUUUUAAAAGAAAAUGUGUAAGUUGUAACAAAUCUCCAAAAAAAAUACUUAUCUGCUUAUACUGUGGUUCAACUAUAUGCUUACAUGAAAGUGAUGAUGCAACAGGCCCAUUAUCACAAACAAUUAGUAAAUGUGUUUAUCAUACUACUAUAUGUGGUGGAGAUCAAUGCUUAUAUUUAUGUUUAAACACAUCAUCAGUAUUAUUUACAAGUGAAAACAGAUUUGAUUUCAUGAGUGGACCAUAUGUUGAUAAAAACGGUGAUGUUGAUCAUCAUUUAAAAAGAGGGAAAAAUCUUUAUAUGUCUCAACAUAAAUUAAAUAAAAUAUUUGAUAUUAUUAUUAAUUCUGCAGUUGAUGUUGAAAUAUAUAAACAAACUUUGAAGUCUGAAUGA